AUGAGAAAGGAGAUUAUCAUUUCCCUUUUAUUUUUCUUAACUUACGUGAACGCGACCAAUGAUGGAAAAUCAAAUAAAAAAAAGUCAUGGCGAGACAAAGAUAUAAGGGAUAUGAAUGACGCGGAUUUGGAACAUUUGUUAGAUCAGUGGGAGCUUGAUACGUCAAAUCCCGACAAUGUACUAAAAAUAACAAAGAAAGGCAAAAGCGUGAUGAUGUUUGUCGACACGAAUGAAAAUUUGUCAGUCGAGGAAGCUGAGACGAUAAUGAAAAUUUGGCAGACUAGUCUUCAGAAUAAUCAUAUCAUUGCUGAAAGGUAUCCAAUUGAUCAAAGAAGAUCUGUGUUUCUAUUCCACGAGGGUUCGCAAGCUGUAGACGCAAAGAAUUUCUUUUUGCAACAGCCAGAAUUGUCUCACGUGACUCUCGAAGGCCAAACUUAUUUCAGGGACCCAGAGAAACAGAUUUGGUAAAGCGUUUGAAAGGUUUUGCGAGCAGCGUUUAUUUGAUGAUGCACAGGUUCUGGCAUGCCGCCUGCUCGGUUUCGGUCUUUUCUGUAACGUCAAUGAAAGUGAAACGAUAUGA